UCAGUAUAUAAUCUCACAAGCCAAACACACUCUCUUACAUACACAAGACUGUUUAUUUGCUUCAAUUCCAGUAACCCAAUACCACAAAUUCCAAAUGGCAUCAUGGGUUGUAGCCAAAAUUGCCUUCCAUCCUCCGGCGCCGCCGCGGUACGACAUAAUUUCCGAUGGGCGAACUUUAAAACUGAGAGUUUAUGAUGUUCCUGAGGAGAGAGGUGAAGUGUUGAGGCUGCGGACCAAGACUGGCAACUAUAUUGUCUGUGUGUAUGUGAGGGGCCGCCAAUUGGCGACGUCUCCGGCAGCGGCGGCGGCGGCGUUGACGGUGCUGUACUCUCACGGGAAUGCUACUGAUAUAGGAGAGAUGUUCUCUUUCAUCACUGAUCUCAGUGAUCAACUUGGCGUUAAUGUCAUGGCGUAUGAUUAUUCUGGAUACGGCCAGUCCACUGGAGAGGCAAGUGAGGAGGAAACAUAUGCAGACAUAGAGGCGGCUUACAAAUGCUUGAGAGAAACCUACGGAGUGAAAGAAGAGAACAUAGUAUUGUACGGACAAUCACUUGGAAGUGGACCAACGGUGGAUUUGGCUAUUCGGGUCCCAAGAUUAAGGGCUGUGAUUCUCCACAGUGGACUCCUCUCUGGCGUUCGUGCCUUCUUUGGUUCCCUCUACUUCCUUAACCGAUCACUCUACUUCGACAUUUAUCAGAAUGUGGAUAAAAUUCCUUUUGUGAAUUGCCGAGUUCUUGUCAUUCAUGGAACAAGUGAUGAAGUUGUGAGUUUCUUCCAUGGUGAAGAGCUUUAUAGACUCUGCAAAUUUAAGUAUGAACCUUUAUGGGUCAAAGGAGGAAAGCACAAUGACCUAGUCGUCAACUUUUCACAUUUAUUUUGGACCCAUCUCAAGAAAUUCAUAUCAGCCAUUAAGAGUUAGAAUCAUUGUCAGACCUAUAAAUUACUUCUUAUGUUAUGGCAGUGUGAUAGACUCUAUGACAUUUAUGCACUAUAUAUGCUGUAAUGAAUAAUCUGUAGUACAAGGCAAUAAUAUAAUGGAAAAUUAUUCAAAAAUUCCAUUUGGAAUAACGUUACUCUAUUUAGUUUUGGAAGUUUUUUUUCAAAUCAAUUAGUCUUUUUAUU